GCGGGCGGGAGGAUGGCGGGCGGUGGCUGGGCGCCGCGGGGCUGAGGGGCGGUGCCGCCACUGUGCCGUGCCGUUCUGUGCCGUGCCGCUCUGUGCCGCGCCGCGCCGUGCCGCGGUCGGCCGGGCGCCGCUGCAGGCUGGCCCCCUGCGCCUGCCUGAGGGGCGGCGGCGGGCGGGUUGCCGGGAUGAUCCGGUUCCGGAGCUCCAGCAUCAGGUCGCUGAGCGCGGAGAUGAAAUGCACCGUGCGACUGCUGGACGACUCCGAGAUUUCCUGCCACAUCCAGAGGGAAACUAAAGGUCAGUUUCUCAUAGAUCACAUCUGCAACUAUUACAACUUGCUGGAAAAAGACUAUUUUGGCAUUCGGUAUGUUGACCCUGAGAAGCAAAGGCACUGGCUUGAGCCCAACAAGUCCAUCAUCAAGCAAAUGAAAUCUCAUCCACCAUUUACCAUGUGCUUUAGAGUGAAAUUCUACCCACAUGAACCCCUGAAGAUUAAAGAAGAGCUCACCAGGUACCUCUUAUACCUACAAAUAAAAAGGGAUAUUUUCCAUGGCCGUUUGCUGUGUUCUUUUUCUGAUGCUGCCUACCUGGGUGCCUGUAUUGUCCAAGCUGAGCUUGGUGAUUAUGAUCCUGAGGAACACCCAGAGAAUUACAUCAGCGAUUUUAAGAUUUUUCCCAAGCAGUCACAAAAACUCGAGAAGAAAAUAGCUGAAAUGCAUAAAAAUGAAUUCAGAGGUCAGAGCCCAGCUGUUGCUGAAUUAAAUUUGCUCCUGAAAGCAUAUUCUUUGGAAACUUAUGGUGUUGAUCCUCAUCCUUGCAAGGACUCAAUGGGGAUGACUACAUUUUUAGGAUUCACAGCUGCAGGAUUUGUAGUUUUCCAGGGGAAUAAAAGAAUACAUUUGUUAAAAUGGUGUGAUGUCUAUAAACUGAAAUUUGAAGGGAAGACUUUUUACGUGUUUGGAGCUCAGAAAGAGAAAAAGACUGUGCUGUCAUUCCAUACCUCUACACCAGCAGCCUGCAAGCAUCUUUGGAAAUGUGGGGUGGAGAACCAGGCUUUUUACAAGUAUGCAAAAUCCAGUCAAAUCAAGACCAUGUCCAGCAGCAAGAUAUUUUUUAAAGGCAGUAGAUUUCGAUACAGCGGAAAAGUAGCCAAAGAGGUUGUGGAGGCAAGCUCUAAAAUCCAAAGGGAACCUCCUGAAGUUCACAGAACCAGCAUUACCCAGAGUCACAGCUCUCCCUCCUGGAACAAGCAACUCAUAAUCAACAUGGAACCUCUACAACCUCUCCUUCCUUCUCCCUGUGAGGAGGAAGAGGCUCCUUUAGAUGAAGGUGUCCAACUGCCAAGGGAAGAUGAGAUUUCAGUACCAGUGACCUCAAGCUCACCAGUUAAGGACACUGGGGAGAAUUUUGAUCUUGCCAUUGAACAGGAAGAGAAAAUGAAAGAAGAACCUUUAACCAUCUCAGAACUGGUAUACAGUCCUAGCGCCAGCUUGCUGCCCACUCCUGUUGAUGAUGAGAUUGACAUGCUCUUUGAUACCUCUCCAAGAGUAGAGUAUGAGAAAGAUGAUACAGAUUCAUUUGAGGAACUGGAAGCAGAUGAAAAUGCAUUUUUGAUUGCAGAGGAGGAAGAACUGAAAGAAGCUCGGAGAGCGCUUAGGUGGAGCUGUGACUUUCUAAUGGGCAACAUAGAGGUGAAUGCCUUUGUGAAGAGUUUCUCCAGACUUCUCUUUGUAGGCCUUGGACUGUUACUGUUUGUGUUCCCUCUCCUCCUUGUUCUCUUGGAGUCAGACCUUCAAAUCUCUUUUCUCCAUGAAAUUCGUCAGACACCUGAGUUUCAGCAGUUUCAUAUUGAAUAUUACUGCCCCCUUAGGCAGUGGGUGGCUUGCAAAAUAAACUUCAUUUGUGACAUGCUGGGCAGCUUUUAGAUUUAAAAUAAAUAUUGUAAAACUAAGGGCUAUAUUCAAAAUUUCAGUUAGUGCCAGCUUUCCAUAAUGCCCCUGGAAACAGUAGCUGUUCCAGACAGUAGAUGUCU